AUGAACCCCAUUCCUGCUGACUGGGCGUUGUCCACAACUCACAUUGCCAGUGAAUAUGUCUCCCGCCAGUUUUCUGUUCUCAUCGGUGUGGGGCCGAAGGUCCUUCCUCCGAUUGAGCUUGAUGUUGUCUUACUCAUGGCUUGCUCCAAACUUGCCAGGACGCUUGCCGAGGCAUAUCGCAAUCCAGAAGUGCUGCAAACAAUGGAGACUGGCCUCAAGUCUGGGCGUGAAGAACUACUCCUUGCACGAUUCCCGCCGGAUCGUCAAAUUAUUCUGGAACGGCCUGCAGUUGUCCUCGACAAAUUUGGUAUUAUUGUCCUAUGGUAUCUUCCUGGAGCAAUUGAUGCAGCCAUCCAGAAUGAUAUGAUGGCGGUGACUGUUAUGAUGUCAGGGCCGCUGGGCACAACAUGGUUUUUACAAGGUCAUCCAGCUCCAAAAUUUCAUCCUGAAAUAUCAGCGACCCUCCGAGUGAUGCAGAGACCGGCGGCCCUUAUUGCUGCUGCAUUGAGAAUUAUGCACCCCAGACUCUACUGGUCUUCAUUGACAAUCCAGCUGGGCCUCGGUCUAUGGGCAGCCAAUAAUCAAUUGCAGGACAUGGCAGAUCUCUUAAGAGUAUGGGGAUCUGUGUUCACAGUCCUCGCCGUCUUGUGCAACCGACGCUCACCCUUGCACCAUGAUGCUUUAUCCUGUGCACAAUGGUUUGAUGCGAUGCUCAGUGUCAGCGGCUAUGGACCGGCGCGAAUGCGGAUGCCCAAUAUUGGCAUUGAGAUCGCUUAUAAUUCAGGUGUUAUGGCGGCAGCUUCAGGUAGAAUUGUCUGGCAUGGGGUGGACAAUGUGAACGGCGACAGAAUCAGUUGGGUGUGGUACAUGCGGGAUGAUGUCCAUCAAUUUGUAGAUGUACCCCGAGCGGAAUACUCCAAGUACAUGUCAAUAAUUGAUGAUUCCUUGUCUUGCACAUAG